GUCGACACGGCGCUGUACGACGAGCUCGGAGUCGCGCCGGACGCCAGCGCGGCGCAGAUCCGACGCGCGUACUAUACGCGCUCCCUCCUCCUCCACCCAGACAAGAACCCAGGCGCCGACGCGGCCGAGGCCUUCUCUCGUGUCGCCGAGGCGUACCAGGUGCUUAAUAAUAAUGAGAAGAAG